AUGGCCCCAGGGCUCAGUGCUUCUCCACCACUUGUGGUUCUGCUCCUGUCCCUGCUGGGUCUGGCUGCUGCUGGGAAGCUCCUGGUGGUGCCAGUGGAUGGGAGCCACUGGCUCAGCAUGCGGGAGGUGUUGGACAUGCUCCAGCAGAAGGGACAUGAAGUGGUUGUCGUGGCACCUGAAGUCUCCUUGCAGAUCAAACCAUCCAAGAACUUUGUGAUGAAAAAGUAUCCAGUGCCUUUCACAAAGGCAGAGAUGGAUGAAGUUUUUAAAGGGUCAAUAAUGGAUUUAUUUGAAGAAGGAUCUUUUCUGGAAAGAGUUAUUAGGCAGUAUCACCACGCAAAGAAGACUUCUGCUCUGUUCCUGGCUACCUGUACCCACUUAAUUCACAACAAGGAGCUCAUCAGGUACCUUGAGGAGAGUAAGUUCGACGCCCUCCUCACAGACCCUGUCCUGCCAUGUGGGGCAAUCCUGGCUGAGCAUCUUUCUCUGCCUUCCGUGUAUUUCCUGCAGCAAGUCCCCUGUGGUUUGGAAUUUCAGGCCACCCAGUGUCCCAACCCCCCUUCCUACGUACCCAGAGUAUUUACAGACCUUACAGACCACAUGACCUUUCUCCAGCGGGUGAAGAACCUGCUCUAUGACAUCCCCAAUUUUUUCCUCUGCGAUGUUGUCUUCCAACCUUAUGCAGAACUGGCUUCAGAAUUCCUCAAGCGGGAGGUGACUGUGCCAGAUCUCCUGCGCCAAGCUUCCAUUUGGCUCAUGAAGCUGGACUUUGUCUUGCACUUCCCAAAACCCUUGAUGCCCAACAUGGUUUUGAUUAGUGGUGUAAAUUGUGCUUACAAGAAGCUAAAUCAGGUGGGUCACACUCUGUUUUCUCUUGUUCUCACAGCCUUUGGAAAUCUCUAGGAAGCUGAAACACAG